GCAGUUCUUGCAUGAAGCCGAGAAAACCUUGAAGUCUAACGAACAGUGGACCAAGAACUUUCUUAGCAGCGGGAAGAACAUUCCUUAGUUAUAUGCUCGGGGAGUUUUACUUUAAAAAUGCCCCUCAAGAAGAUACCCUGGUGGAAUUCGUGGAUAUCCACUGUCGACUUUCGAGUGGCAGGCAAACGUGGAAGGGUGGGCGGAGGGAAGUUGCGUUUUGGGUUCUUAGGGCGCAGCCGUGUCAGCGCCAUCGCCUCAGGCAACACCGCUCUCGCGCUUCUGGCAUGGAGUGGUUCCCUCCCUUUCGAUCCUACUAAUGCUUCUGCUGCUAAGACUUGGUAAGAACAACUUCAGGCUCAGGAACAUAGUUUUUGCCGGGAGGACAACCAUGGGGAUUUGCCACUGGCUUUUGGUGCUCACCUUCUACCUGGGAAAAGAAUAUGAUGAGGAUGGAAUUCGGUAGUGGAUUGUAGCUCAGGGGUACAGGUACAGGCUAGAAAAACGUGAAAAGUUUUGGACUUGGUAACGAUGGAGGCCAAGUCAAGUGGAAAGCAGGUUGCUGGUCGGCAUGCUUUGGCGAAUUCUGCGAGCCGGGACUUAUUCGCUGCUGCUCGAAAUGGAACAGUGCAUGAUGUGGAGACCGCUCUCUCUGCUCUCAAGAAGAUUAAUGGUAGCGUCGAUGCUCGGGACAGGUUUGGCUCGACCGCCAUGCAUAUCGCAACCUGGAGGAAUCACGUUCCGAUCGUGAAGAGGCUUUUGGCUGCUGGAGCUGAUCCUAACGCUCGGGAUGGAGAAUCCGGCUGGGGAAGCUUGCACAGGGCUCUACAUUUUGGUCACCUUGCCGUUGCCGGUGCGCUUGUUGACGGUGGCGCUUCUGUGUCCUUGGAUGAUUCGAAAGGUCGACUUCCAGUCGACUUGGUUUCUGGUCCUGUCAAACAGGCUGUUGCUCCAUCUUGCAGAGGAGUUGUCUUGAAGGAGCUUUUCAGCUGGGGGAAUGGCUCAAACUAUCAACUCGGGACAGGCACAGCAGGCAUUCAACGCGUACCAUGUCGAGUUGAGACUCUUCACGGUGCUGAUAUCGUCCGAGUUUCAGCUGCAAAAUUCCAUAGCACAGCAGUUAAUUCAAGCGGCCAGCUAUUUUCCUGGGGAUAUGGAAGGGGAGGACGCCUGGGACACGAGGACUACAGUGGAGAAGUUGCAGUUAUAGCACCUCGUCAAGUUACUGGCUUAUGCGGACGACGGGUUAAAAACGUUGCAGCUGCCAAGCACCAUACCAUCGUAGCGACGGAGGGUGGUGAAGUUUAUACAUGGGGUACAAACAGAGAAGGACAGCUUGGUUAUCCUGCUGUAGACACUCAAUCUACUCCAAGGCGUGUAUCUACUUUGAGAGCCAAAGUAGUGGAAGUUGCAGCGGCGAACAAACACAGCGCCGCUGUUACCGAGUCCGGAGAGGUUUACACUUGGGGAUGCAACAAAGACGGCCAGCUGGGAUACGGAACUUCAAAUUCCGCUUCGAACUGCGUACCACGCGUAGUGGACUAUUUGAAAGGAAGGAAAGCCUUGGCCAUCUCCGCUGCAAAACGUCACACUGUUGUGAUCGUAGAGACCGAGGUGUUUACAUGGGGCCACAAAAUGGUGUCACCCAGGCGCGUGGUGUUAGUGAGAAAUACAAAGAAGGCGGGACAACACCCACUGAAGUUCCACUUAUCCGAACGCCUGCAUAUCGUCGCUGUAGCGGCGGGUGUGGUGCACAGUACAGCGAUCGCUGCGGAUGGCUUGAUUUUUUCGUGGUUGUCUGCUGAUCCACAACUACAUGCACAGCAGGUGCUGACUAUGACUGGACAUCAUGCGGUGUCCGUGUCUGCGGGAAAAUAUAGAACGGCAGUAGCAACUUCUACUGGAGACGUUUAUGCGUGGGACAGUGAUAAAUCCUCCAGUCCAGCUCCGCUGCGCAUACAUGGGAUCAAACGCGCCACACUUCUGGCUGUAGGUGAAACGCAUUCACUAGCUGUGACAGAGAUCUACGUGCCUGCUUAUCAAUCGGACUCGGAACCUCUGGUUCCAAAUGAAACUGCUACUGACGACAACGGUGAUGACGAGCUCGUUGUCACGCCACCGAGGGAUCCAGAGGAUCGUCUUCCCUCUUUGAGGGACUUAUGUCAAAAGGUGAUAGCAACGACAAUCGUCGAACCGAGGAACGCAUUGCAAAUCCUGGAGUUUGCAGAUGCGCUCGGUGCUGAUGAGCUGAAACGCUACUGCGAGAGCCUCAUAUUGCGUAAUCUGGACUACAUAUUUGCAUUCUUUGGCGCGAGCUUUGGUACAACGAGGUCAUCAGUUCUAGCCGACUUGGAAAAGUCCUGGGAUGCCUGUUCUUUACAACCAUGGAGUCAUCGACAGCUCCCAGUUCCCAGCGCGACAACACCUGCUAUCGUGGACAGCGAAGAAGACGACGCCGACUCCUUCGCGAAUCCAAGAAUUCUCAAAGACCAGUUGUUUCCAACGCCGCCCGGUGCAGGAUUCCUUCAGGAAGACAGCGCAGGAGAUAGAGCUACCAAGCAACUACGUGCGAUGCGCAAGAAGCUCCAGCAGAUUGAGUUGCUGGAGAUGAAGCUCUCCAAGGGACAGAGCCUGGAUGACCAACAAAUGACCAAGCUUAGCACCAAGAAAUCAAUUUUGGAGUCUCUCAGGAUCUUGGAAACGCAAGAGCCUGAGACCAGUGGAGAAGUUUUUCCCGAGACCAGCUCCAAGAAGCAAAACCAGCUGACUGACGAACGCUCGAAACGCCAGCGUCGCAAGAGCAAGAAAACUAACAGCAAGAAAACUGAAGUCCAGGUUCCUGACAAGGUGGAAGAGGUGGCGACUGAUUUUAAAGAGGACAGCGUCGCAGAGAUGGAAUCCAAGGUUCUAGGAUUCAGACUCCCGUCUCCUUCUGCAGAAGUGACCAGUGGCUCCGACCUUAAAACGGAAGUUUCUAAAGCUGACGAUGGUCGCUCCAAAGCAACCGUUAAGAAAGCCAAGACGAAGUGUAAGAAAGGUGGCCUCUCCCUCUUUCUAACGGGUGCUCUGGACAAAGCUCCGGAAACCAUUCCGCCGCCACCGCCGCCGGUUCCACUCGUUGCGAAAACAGAUGGCCCAGCUUGGGGUGGUGGUGCUCUCAAGCGCGGCAAAGGAGCUGCGUCUCUCUCCGAGAUUCAAACCGAGCAGAAGGCCGAGUCAAGCAACACCAGUGCUAACAACAAGUCAGUGGCGAUGCAACGCAAGCCUCCGGAGAGCUCCCCUCGCGAGGCAGCGGCACCGGGACACCAGCGCAUUCCUCUACAGCAGUUUGUUCGAUCGCCGCCAGCUCCAGCGAUGAGCUUCACACCCCCGAAAGCCGCACCGUGGACCGGAAGCUCAUCGCCUGGCGCGUUUCCAUCGCUGAGAGACAUCCAAAAGCAAGAGGCCAAGCACAAGGAGCAGCGAGCAUCGUUUAGAAGCCACCAAGUUGGAAGCCCGCCAGUGGUUGGAUUCGCCGCUUCUUCGUUCGGCAGAGAUGCUGCCGCUAGCAGUAGCGAUCUCUCGUCCGAGCAUCCCAGCUGCUGGUACAAGCCCGACACGAGCAGUCCGUCCAGCAUUCGCUGCAUCCAGAUCGAAGAGAGAGCCAUGAACGAUCUCCGCCGCCUCUACAAGAACGUGAAGAUGGUGAAGCCCGAUUCUUGACACAGCCAAGAGCUCCUUGGUUGCUCGUCAAUAAGAAUGGAAUGAUCAUAAGCAUUCCCUCUCAAUAUUAUCUUUGGUCUUACCUAGAGAACUGAAACGAACUAAUUAAGAAUGGUAACUCUA